GGUUUAUCGUGAGGGACGAAGCACCGCCCGCGGGGAGCGGACGGCGGGUGCCGCACCGGGACAGCCGCGCCGGGACCCCCGCUAUAAAAAUGGGGAGACAGAGACUCCAAAUGGAAAACUACGACUCCCAGCAUCCCUCGCGACAGCGGCGCGCUAAUUGGCCGCCGACCCCGCCGCCAUUUCGCGCGGUGGCUCGAUGCCCGUAGUGGCGCGAGGCGGGCGCGGCAGUGCUGGCUCCGCCCCCUCCUCCCGGUGCUGCGGACAGGCCCCUCCAGCCCGGCACCGGCCCGCCGCAGCCCCGUUCCCGCCCGGUGAGCGGGCAGGCCUCGGGCCCAGCCGCAGGCACCCAGCGGCGCCCCGCCGGCCCUUUACAAAACCACCCAAUCAGCGCCCGCAGCGCGCCAGACUGACAGCUCCCUCCACCAAUCAACGGUGCUGACGGCGGCAACCAACCGAAAGGCGAGGCGCACGGGGGAGCGUGGCUGGGCGGGUCACGUGGGGCGCGCUCCGCCAAUCAGCGGCGCGGGACGCGGGGUCGCCCCGGCUCCCGCCAAGUACGAGCGGGACGGGCCGGGCGGGACCGGGACCGGGCCCGGAGCGGCGGGGGCUGCGCCGCCUCACGGGCCGCCCGGCACCGCCGCCAGCCGCGCUGGCCGCCGCCACAGCCAUGGAGUGCAGAGACAAAGCUGCUGUUCCUCCACGGAAGCUCGUCCAAGCUCGGCUGCCCUUCAAGCGCCUCAAUCCUGUGCCAAAGGAAAAACUCGAUGUGAAUCCAGAAGUCAAAAAAGUCAAGAGCUCCCCGAGUGCUUUUGUUCCCAGCAAGGAUCCCUCCCUGGAUGCCUCAGGUGCCUCCCUGGACGAUGUGGAGAAUGACUGCCAGCUGGGCUCAGAUGGGAAUUUGCCUCCACAACUCAUGAAUGGAAAAGGUCCAUUGGACCAUUUUAUCCAGAAAAACCCAGGAGGUGACAGGAGUGACCCUGGGGAUGAUCCUGACCUCUCCAAGGGCUCUGCCCACGGACUCGGGGACGGCACGGAGCAGGAGGAUGUGGAUUCUAGAGCUGCUGUCAGCAAUGGCACCAUAGGAAAGGAGCUGAGCUGCCUGAGCUCCUCGCAGAGCAGCCCAGCGGGUGACUCCACGCAGACUGAGGGGCCCUGUGCAGCUGCAGCCAAGGCAGAGCAGGAUUUGGGAGCUGGGAGCCAGCCAUGCUCCGGCCUCGCAGCCUGCAAGGACGUGGCAGGCAGGAAGGGCACUCAGGGCGAACUGAAGGACGUGCUCUUUGAGGGGAAGGUGCCCGUGGUGCUGCUGGAGGACAUCAUGAGCCUGAAAUCCCCCCAGGUGGCCUCUCUGGACGGCAGCACCGCCUCGGAGAGCGAGGCCCUGGAGUCGUCCCACGAGGGAGACUCGGGACUGACCAACUCCUCGCUGAGCUCCGGGAGCUCACCCGAGCUCCUGGCACAGACCAAGGGCAGCACCAGCCCUCUGGCUGCCUCCACACCCGCCAGGAAGGUACCUCAGAAAUUCCACAGAAGUUCAGCAGAGAAGGAGAAGCUGAGAUUGCAAAGAGACCAGGAGCGUGCUGACAAGCUCCAGAAGCUGCAGGCAGAGAGGGAGGAGAAGGGGAGGCUGAAGGAAGAGGCAAAAGCUGCGAAAGAACGAGCCAAGGAGGAGGCAAAGAAGAGGAAAGAGGAAGAGAAAGAGUUGAAAGAGAAAGAAAGGAGGGAAAAGAAAGAAAAGGAAGAGAAGGAGAAAGCUGAGAAGCUGCGAGUGAAGGAGGAGAAGCGCAAGGAGAGGCAGGAGGCUUUGGAGGCAAAACUUGAGGAGAAGAGAAAGAAAGAAGAGGAGAAACGGUUAAAGGAGGAAGAAAAGCGCAUCAAUGCACAGAAAGCAGAGAUCACCAGGUUCUUCCAGAAACCAAAGACUCCACAAGCCCCCAAGACCCUUGCUGGCUCCUGUGGGAAGUUUGCUCCUUUUGAAAUUAGGGAGAACAUGGUCUUAGCCCCCCUCAGCCGUGUUGCCCUGGAUCCAGACGACCUGGAACAGCUGGAUAAGCUCCUGCAUGCCCAGAACACUGAAGAUUCUUUCUUGAAGGAUCUAAAAUGUCGUAAACCACGAAAAACUGGGCCCACUUUGGUCAGUGACAGCAGUGACAGUUUCAACAGUGACGUGGUGGUGGUGGAUAACUGCCAGACUGAUGCUGUUCCUGAGAGGGAGAAGUUUGGCAGGAUGAAGCUCCUGCAGUUCAGUGAGAAUCACCGCCCUGCCUACUGGGGCACGUGGAACAAGAGAACCUCCCUGAUCCGUGCCAGGAAUCCAUGGUCCAAGGACACUAAACUGCUGGACUAUGAAGUAGACAGUGAUGAAGAGUGGGAAGAGGAGGAGCCAGGGGAAAGUCUCUCCCAUAGUGAAGAGGAUGAUGAAGAGGAGGGAGAGGAUGAAGAUGAGGACGAUGGGUUUUUUGUACCCCAUGGGUACCUAUCUGAAGAUGAAGGUGUGACAGAGGAGUGUGACCCAGAGAACCAGAAGGUUCGUCAGAAGCUGAAAGCGAAGGAGUGGGAUGAGCUGAUAGCCAAGGGGAAGAGGUUCCAUGUCCUCCAGCCUGUGAAGAUUGGCUGUGUCUGGGAAAGGGCAGCAAAGGACAACAGCACCAACCCAGACCUGAAGGUGCUCCAGCAGUUCACAGCCUGUGUCCUGGAUCCACCUGUGCCAGAGGAAGAGCAGCAGACACAGAAAUGUAGCAAAAAAAGAGCAAAAGAUCAGCAAAUCCUGGGCCAGCUCCUGCCGCUGCUGCACGGGAACGUGCACGGGAGCAGGGUGAUCAUCCAGGAGUUCCAGGAGUGCUGCCGCCAGGGACGCUUCAGUGACGUGCCCGAGGGCAGCAACAGCAGCCCCCCACACCCCCCGGGUGGGGAGGACAGCGGGGUCCCCUCCAAGGCCAGGCUCAAGAGGAUCAUUUCGGAGAGCUCCGUGUACGAGAAGAGGCCCGAGUUCAGGAUGUGCUGGUACGUGCACGCCGAGGUGCUGCGCAGCUUCGGGCAGGAGCAGCUCCCCGUGCCCUGCCAGUGGAACUACGUCACCCAGGUGCCCUGCACGGGCAAGGAUGAGGGGGGCAGCGUGCCAGGAGUGGCUGUCCCCCAGCCCACCCCCCUGGCAGCCAAGAGGAAGGCCAUGGGAAGCAUGUCCAUCACCAAGUUCAUGAAGAGACCUCGGGGUGCUGAGCAGGCUGCAGAGAUGGAUGGAUUUCAGGCAGACACUGAGGAAGAUGAGGAAGAUGAUGACUGCAUGAUUGUGGAUGUACAGCCAGGAAAAGGUUCCACAGCUCCAGAAUCCAGUGGCACAAGAGCUGCACACCAGGACAGCAGCAUGGUCAGCCCAUCUAAUACAAUUUGAGACUUAAAUGCCUACUAACUCCUCUGUAUGUAUGUAGAAUGAGCUAGAAAGUUUUAAACCUUGUGUAUCUUUGACCAAGAUACUUGAAAGUAUUCCACAUUUCUUGUAAAGAGAAGACAGCACUUUGUUCUGCUUCAGUCCAGAUGGAAGCUUAAAUUUUUAGACUUAGCUUUUUAGCUUUUUUUUUUUUAAUACUGCAUAUUAAUCUGUCCUUAAUAAAGCAUUAUUGAAAUUUUGAUACUUCUUUGUAAUGGAAGGUAUCUAAGUUAUCUCUAAAAGUAGCUGAGGGAUUUUGGAAUAAGCUUAUUGUGACGCCACUAGGGAAUGACUGUUCAUAAUGUUGUACAGCGUGGCCUUGGGUAUAAAUGAUGUACAAUUAUAUAUGAAUUUAUGCUCUUGUA